AUGAAAGAUACUUGCCGUUUAGCUGAUUACUUUGUAAUAAUAAGUUAUGAUGAACUAUUGCUAGAUUACUCCACAGAAGAUAAUUUUAGAGGUAUUGAAAGAAGGUUUCCAGAUUUUGAUUGGCCUGAUGUUCAAUAUCCAAGCGGCUUAGAAAAUUUUUCUCUCCCAUUUUCUCGAAAUUAUACAAUUGAAAAGACUAAACCAACUUUUUUUGUCUGUACUUUGACUGAUGUAAUGGGAAAUAGUCAAUAUGCAUGUUGUCUUGUAACACAAGAAAAACUAAAAGAUAAUAAAUUGUCACAAAUAUUAAAUAUAAAUUUAUCAAAACAAAGUACAUUGUUAUUAAAGCCAAAAAUUUAUGUCGUAUUAUCAAGAAUACCUAAUUUUGAUUUUUUUAGAAAUUUUUUAAAUCAUAUAUAUAAAGGAUUAUGUGAAAAUUCAAUUAAUAUAGAACAAACAAUUGCAGCAUUAUUAUCAGAUAAUAUUGUUCAUUUUGGGAAACAAUCAAAUUUAAAAUUAUCAUUAGGUGGAAUUGAUUUAUCUUUUCGUGUUCCAAAAUCUUUAUCAUGGCCUGAUACUGGAAAACGUAUAUAUACAUUUAUAUCAAAUUUAGGUACAAUUCACAAUGUUUUAGAAGUUUUUAUUAAUGUAUUAAAUGAAAAACGUAUUAUAUUUCAUUCUAAGUCUUUGAACAGAUUAAGUGAUGCAUGUUUUGCAUUAAAAACAUUGUUAUAUCCAUUUAACUAUAGUUAUCCAUAUAUACCUGUUUUACCAAAAGUUGCAUUAACAGUACUUGAAAGUCCAACACCAUACAUUGUUGGAUUACAUUCAUCUUUAAUUGAACAUGUAAUUGAUAUUCAAGAUUAUUGUCUAGUUAAUUUAGAUGAUGGUCAAAUUAUUACGGAUAUGACAACAUCAAAUAAACAAAUUCCUGAACCAUAUUAUACUAAAUUAAAACUAAUGUUAGAAUUUACAUGGUCACCAACAUUACAGUAUGCAGAUGAUGCCCUUCAAGAAGCUGUACCACAAUUAAUAGGACCAAAAGGAUUAGAAAUUAAAAUACGUGCUUGUUUUUUAAAAUUUUUUCUUGAUAUAUUAUAUGGUUAUAGAAGCUGUUUACAAUUAUCAAGAUUUUAUGAUACACCAUUAGUUACUUUUCAUAAAACAGCAUUUCUUGGAAUAAGACAAUUAGAUGAUUCUAAAUUUAUGCAUGAUUUAGUAGUAUCACCGAUGUUUCAAAGAUUUAUUAAUGAAAGAGGAAUUCCUUAUAGAGUAAUAGAUUUAUUUGACAUACUUUUAACUGAAAUUCAAGCACCAUCAAAAAAUGAAAUUAUAAAUAAUGAAAUAUUACUGAAAGAAUUAAAUUGUAUCUAUCUUAAAUUAUCAACACAUGGUUUUGAAGAAUUAUCUUCUUCAUAUGCAUCAUUAGUAACUUGUCCUUAUUUUAAAAAAGAAGUUUAUGACACUAUUGAAAUAAACGAUGAUAUUUUAAAUAAAGAAAUAUCAAAAAAUUUAGAACAUCAAAAAAAACGCGAAUUAUAUCAUAGUGACUAUAGUCAUAAAGAAUUAGUACCUCAAAAGUGUGAAUUAAAAAUUUUUGAUGAAACUAAAGAUGCAAAUUCGAGAAAAUUAGAAGUAUUAAAAAUAUGUUUACAAUAUAUAUUUGAUGAUAAAUUAUCUGAAGCUAGAAAAUUAAUGUGUACAGUUGAAUUAUCUUUACGAAGUAUUUCUACAAGAGUAUCAUUAUGUCAAUUAUUAUGGAUAAAUUUACAACCUAUUAAUAAAGCUACAAUGACAUCACAACAAUUUGAUUUAAUAAUGAAACUUUUAAAUGUAGCCUUAAAAUAUGAAGGAAAUGAUGAUGAACAUGGUAUUGCUUAUGCCAUUUUAUAUUUAGGAAAUAUUUAUUGUAGAAAAUUAUCAUCAGGUAUUCAUCAAUUUGCCUACACUUGUUUACAAAACCAUGAUGUUUGGAAGAAUCAAAAAUUUUGGGAAAUUGCAUUUUUUCAUGAUGUUCAUCAACAAUUAAGAAGAUUUUAUAUAUCUAAAGAAAUGGAAACAACUGUUAAUCCUCCUGAUAAUUUAAAAUAUGAUGAAACUGAAUUUGCAUGUCCGUUUUCAUUACAUAACUGUUUAGAUACAUGGAAUCUUUUUGAAAAACCUACAGCAAUGGAUGUAAUGGCAAGUAGAAUUAAACGUAAUUUAAAGCUUACAGAUAUAGAAAUUGAAAAAUUAAAAAAUGAGGAGGAGGCAAUAAUUUACGGGCAGGCAAAACAUUAUAUAAAUUUAAUGACAUACAUGAUAGUUCCAUUAAAUAUAUCGCAACAAGAAAAAUUGUGUAAAAAUGAAAAAAUAAUUCAUAAUGAUAAUGAUAAUAGUGAAGGAAUUGAAAGUACAAUAAGUACUUAUUCAAGUACUGAAAGUAUUUAUCAAAAUAAAGAUACUAAUGAAAGUCAUAUAAUAAAAUGGAUUACAUGUAUGAUUGAUAGAAUUUGUUCUAUGGUUAACUUACCACAAUCAAAUAUAGAUAAACUUGAGCAAGAUAUUCCAUCAUUUGUUGCAUUACAUAUUGAAAAUUUAGAACAAGUUUAUAAUGAAAGUAAAAGAAUAACUACAUCAUUAGAAAUGAAAAGUUUUGAACCUACAUUAUUAAAGAAUGAGGUAAAAUUAAGUGAUGGACUUAGAAUAUACUUAUUUAAUGAUCAUCGAUUUUUUUCAUCAUCUUUUGACUUUAAAAAUAAUACUUUUGACGAUAACUUAAUCGCAUUACCUGCAGAUGGUGGUCUAUUUUUAACUAAUUAUCGUAUUAUUUUUAAAGGUUAUAGUUGUAAUCCGCUUAGAUAUGGUGAAGUUGUUGAAUGUUGUAUUCCAAUAAUGUCAAUUUCAAGUGAAAAAAUAUUGACAGAAGAAAGUAUUUAUAAUGAAGCAAUCAAUUCUAAUAUUCCACCAAAAAUAGCAAAUAAACUUCAUACAGGAAUAGUUAUAACAUCAAAUUCUUUUAAUAUUAUUAGAAUAGCUUUUCAGGAAAGUGAAGGAAAAGAAAUUGUUGAUAGAUUUCUUCAAAAAUUAAAUAAUAUUAGAUGGAAUAUUGAAACAAUUAAAUCAUUAUUUGCUUAUCAAUCAGUUAUUCAAUAUAUUAUACAAGAAAAUAAAAAUACUAAUAGUAAAACAAAAUUAAAUAAUUUUAAACAUUUACGAAAAAAUAUUGUUAAAGGAACUAGAAAAAUUGCUGGUUUAGAAAAACGUAAACCAAGUAUACAAAGUACACUUCAUAGUGAACGAUCAUCAUCAACUAGUUUAACAGAAAAAAAUUUUUUUAUUGGUAGAGGAAAUCUUCCAUCAACUAGUGUAUUUAAUGAUAGUUAUAAUGAAAAUGGUGAAUUUAAUUCUACAAUAAGAGAACAAUUUAAAAGUUAUUUUGAUAUGGCAGAUUAUGGAAUAUUAUAUCAUUAUAUUAAAGAUUAUGAAAGACUUUUUUCAAAUAACAUUUCUCGAAGUUUUGAAAUUAGUUUUUUUAAUUCUAAUUAUGAAAUAACUAAAAGUUAUCCUGCAUUUUUUUGUAUUCCUUCUAAUUUUUCAGGAUAUACAAUAUCAAAAGUUGCUAAAAAUUUUAAAUCAAAUAGAUUUCCUGUUAUUACAUGGAAAAAUCAAAAAGGUGUAUUUUUAGCUAGAGGUUCAAAUAUUACAUCUUUUAAUGUUGUUUCUAAAAUAGCAAAAAGUUCUAAUUUUUUUAGUAAUGUUUUAAAUUCAAAAAAUCGUGCUAUUGAUACAAAUGGUCAUGUGAUAAUUGAAGGAAAUGACGAUGAUAUAGAAUCAAGGCAUUCAGGACAAUCUUUUUCAACUUUAACAUCUACUUCCAAUACUUCGAGUAUAGAUGCUUUAUUUGAUUAUUUUCAUACACUUAUGAAAAUGUCAUAUUGUGGUCAAUCAGAUACAUCAAAUGCAACAUUACCUUCUUAUCUUUCAAAUACUUCAAAUGAAUUGAUAUCAUCUUCAAAUCAAUUAAAUACAUCUGUUAAAACUGUUAAACAUUCAAAAGGUAUUAUGGGUUACGCAAAUUUUACAAAACAUGCAACAAAUUUUAUUAAAAUGUCAACAGGAAAAAAAACAAGUAGUAAAAAUUUAUUAAAUGAUAAAGUUCCAUCAAUUAUAAAUGGUCAAACUAUUAAAAAUUCACAAACAUCUUCACCUAGUCAUUUAAAUAAAAUGCAAUAUUUUAAUGGAGAUAACACUUGUACAUUGGUUCCAUUUAAACAUUCAUUUUUUAUAUUAGGUGAACGUCAGCAAUCUAAAGUUUUUAAAUUACAUAAAAAUUUUGAAUUCUUUUCAAUUAAUUACCCAACUACUCAUGACGUCAAGUUAUCUUUUAAAAAAUUUUUAAAGAUUAUGACACAAAGUCAAAAUGGGAGUAGUAAUAUUCAAUGCACAAAUACAAUUUCUAGUACAACAAAUUUAUCUGAUACACUUUAUAAUUUACAUUUAAAUUAUUUAUCAAAAAUUAAUGAUUCUGAAUGGUUGAAUCAUAUAUCAAAUUUAAUUAAUAUAUCAUCAAGCAUCUCUGAAUUGAUAAAUGAAUGUAAUAUAUCUAUUGCUUUAUGUAUAGAAGAUGGUAGUGAUGCAACAUCACAAAUAUCAUCUAUCGUUCAAGUACUAUUAGAUCCAUUUUAUAGAACAUUUGAAGGUUUUAGAUUACUUAUUGAAAAAGAAUGGUUAUCACUAGGUCAUAGAUUUUCAUAUCGUUUAAAUCAUAGUGCUUCAUCAAGACAAAGUGGUGUUGCACCAAUGUUUUUAUUAUUCUUAGAUGUUCUCCAUCAAUUAUUAAUUCAAUUUCCAACAGCAUUUGAAAUGAAUGACUAUUAUUUUAGUUUUUUGGCUUAUCAUUCUAUGUCAGGAUACUUUCCAAACUUUUUAUUAGAUUCAGAAUUUGAAAGAAUAUCUAUUGAAGAGAAGAUACCUGAACAUAAUUUAGAAAAUGAAAUAUAUGAUAGGUCUAUUUGGAAGUAUAUAGAAAGUAUAAUAAAUGAUUCAUCAAAAUUCCAUAAUAUUGUUUUUGAUAAAACAUUUCAUGAUGUAUUAAAACCAUUUGAAAAAAUUGAAAACUUAGAUAUUUGGUCAUUCUACCAGGAACAUCAUAUAAAUCACGGUUUACAAUGA